AUGCAGUCGACCGUCCUUAUUUUGCUCGUUGGUAUGGCAGCUUCCACAUCCGCCGCAGCCCUGACCCCGAAGUCCACAAGCUAUGCGUUUAAACUCGUCGCGAAGGAGGAUGCGGGCUCGCCGUUUGACGGGCAGGAGGUCACUGCGAGCCAGAACAAGCUGUGGCUGUCGCAACCCAUGGAAAAGCAAGACACAGAUUGCGGAAGCGGGCCGGUGGACAAGGCACCGGCUACACUGUUUCUCCAAGACGACGAGCUGUUCCUCUUCGGCGGCGAGGGUAAAUCCCAUCAGCAGUUGGCCGCCAAUGUGUCUGGAAAGGAGCACGAGAGCCUGAAGUACUUCAACAAUACCAAAGACGGACCCGGGCAAGACUUCGAGACUAAGGGCUGGUCUUUGAAACCGGACAACCAGGACGAAUACCUAUCCUUCAACGAAGCUGUCAUGCUGGCCUGCCCAGCAUCCGACGAUUCGUUUACGGUAGGCGUGUAUCAGGACUAUGACCGAGGCUGUUUUGAGCUUAAAGCUCGAGUCGAAUACAACUACCAGCCGGUAUCGUGCAAGUAUAGCGGGAACUAG